CGCAGAAUCAGACCGUUGCCGCGACCAUGGCGGACUGCGGCGGAAUCCACAGCAGCACGAGUGGACACACCAUGGACAAAAGCAUCACUCUGCCGCCCGACGAGAUAUUCCGCAACUUGGAGAACGCGAAGCGGUUCGCCAUUGACAUAGGGGGAUCCCUCACGAAGCUCGCCUACUACUCGACAGUCCAGCACAAGGUGGCCAAAGUGCGAUCCUUCGACCACGCCACAAAGGAGACCACCAGUGACGAGCUCUAUGAAAUAUCUGUGCAGGAAGAGGUCACUGCCCGGCUGCACUUUAUAAAGUUUGAAAAUGCCUACAUUGAAACGUGCUUGGACUUCGUCCGGGACCACCUGGUCAACAACGACACCAAAGUCAUCAAAGCCACGGGCGGAGGGGCGCACAAGUACAAAGAGCUCAUCGAGAGGAAACUGGGGCUCAGAGUGGACAAAGAGGACGAGAUGACCUGCCUCAUCAAGGGCUGUAACUUCGUGCUGAGGAACAUCCCCCACGAGGCCUUCGUGUACACCAAGCACGCCGACUCCGAGUUCCGCUUCCAGACGACCCAACCGGACAUCUUCCCGUACCUGCUGGUGAACAUCGGCUCCGGCGUGUCCAUCGUCAAGGUGGAAUCUGAGGACAAAUUUGAGCGGAUAGGAGGAAGCUCAAUAGGCGGAGGGACGUUCUGGGGCCUUGGAGUGCUGCUCACCAAAACAAAGAGGUUUGACGAGUUGCUGCAGUUGGCCUCGAAGGGGCAGCACACCAGCGUCGACAUGCUGGUCAAAGACAUCUACGGAGGCUCUUACGGGUCUUUGGGCUUGACCGGAGAUCUCAUCGCGAGCAGUUUUGGAAAAUCUGCGACCACUGAUAAAGGGUUCCCCAAAGAAGACAUGGCCAAGAGCCUCCUGCAUAUGAUCAGCAACGACAUCGGGCAGCUGGCCUGUCUGUACGCCAAACUCCACAACCUGUCCCGCGUGUACUUCGGGGGCUUCUUCAUCAGAGGACACCCCGUCACCAUGCACACCAUCAGCUACAGCAUCAACUUCUUCACCAAGGCAAGGCCUCCCCCCCCUCCUCCCUCCGCCGGCCGCGAGGACAUCGUGCCCCCUGAACUUGACCUUCGACCCAGUGUUGUUACGUCACCGUCGUCUUUUUCUUCACAGGGUGAAGUUCAGGCCUUGUUCCUCCGACACGAAGGCUAUCUCGGGGCCAUCGGAGCGUUCCUUAAAGGAGCGGAGGAGGACAAUCCAAACCAGUACAGUUGGGGGGAGAAUUACGCGGGAAGCUCUGGCCUGAUGAGCAUCUCUCCGGACAUGAAUCCCAUGCAGCGCGCACGGAGCGGAACGUUCGACAUGCUGGAGAUGGACCGCCUGGAGAGGACGCUGGUGAACCUGCCUCUGCUGCAGGACGCCUCGUCCUACAUCCCCGACACCGUGGACCUGGCGGAGGACGCGCCGGCCCGCGAGUACUGGCUGUCCUGCUUCGAGGAGGCGCUCGACGGGGUGGUUAAGAGAGCGUUGGCCAGUCAGCCCGACAUGCCGGAGGCGGCCGAGCGAGCCGAGAAGUUCCGGCAGAAAUACCGACACAAGCUCCAGACCCUCCGCCACCAGCCUUUCGCUUAUGGAUCCCUGACGGUCAGAAGUCUGUUGGACACGAGGGAGCACUGCUUGAACGAGUUCAACUUUCCCGACCCCUACUCUAAGAUCAAGCAGCAGGAGAACGACAAGGCGCUCAAGUACUACAUGAAGGCGGUGAAGUCUCUGGAGGUGCUGAGCUGGGAGGAGAGGCAGUUCGCUCUGAUCCGGGGCGUCCUGGCCGGGAACGUCUUCGACUGGGGAGCCAAGGCCGUGUCAGACCUCCUGGAGUCCGAUCCCGAGUUUGGCUUUGAGCAGGCCAAGCGACAGCUGGAAGAGCGUCCGUGGCUCGUGGAUUCCUACGACCAGUGGUUUGAGAGACUGAAGGGUCCCCCUCAUAAGUGUGCCUUGUUUUUCGUAGAUAAUAGUGGACUAGACAUCAUCCUAGGGGUGAUGCCUUUUGUCAGAGAGCUUCUCUCUCGGGGAACGGAGGUCGUGUUGGCCAGUAACUCGGCGCCGGCGUUAAACGACGUGACCAACGGGGAACUGCAGAUUUUGACCGAGAGCAUCGCCGCCAUGGACCCGGUGAUCCGUGCCGCCCUGAAGGAGGACCGGUUGGCGCUGGUCCAAAGCGGUUCCAGUUCACCCUGCCUGGAUCUGAGCCGCCUGGACAAAGUUCUGGCGAUGGUGGUGCGAGAGCGCAAGACGGACCUGGUGAUCAUCGAGGGGAUGGGCCGCGCCAUUCACACCAACUACUACGCCGCGCUCAGCUGCGAGAGCCUCAAGAUGGCCGUCAUCAAGAACUCGUGGCUGGCCGACCGCCUGGGGGGGAAGCUGUUCAGCGUGGUCUUCAAGUACGAGGUGCCGGCGCCGACGCCCUCGUGAGCGGAGUCGGGAUGGAACCGAUCAUCUGUGGAUGUCAGGGUGAUGGUUCUAUUGCUGUCACGCAGGGAAUGAACGGAGAGCUUUGAAACGCCAUCAUUGGCUGAGUUCUUUCUUUCUUUCUUUUUCUUUUCUUUCCAUUUCAUCGUUGUUCCAGUGGCGUUCUCGCCCGUACGAUCGCUGCUUAUCGAUCUCCAUCAACACCCUUGGUUUGUUGUUUUUGUGCUGCGUCAUCACUAAAACUCAGACAGUUAUUCAGCUGUGAUGACGGAUGAGAGCUUGUGGGGAAGAAAAAAAUCAAUAAAAAUAAAAAAAUCAAUGAGACCGUCAAUUUUUCAUCAGUCAUCGACGUCGUGCUGCCAACGUGUGUGUGUGUGUGUGUGUGUGUGUCCGUCCUUCACUGGUACACUUUUACACGGAGUGUAUUUCUUGCGCCUCGAGGCCGAUGUGAUUAAUCGUUAUUCACUCGUUGCUUUUAGUUCCCGUCGAAGGUUGAGACACAGCACAAAUAUUGACUGUUUGUCUCCCAGUAUUCUCACAACACGGACGAGGAGGACUCUCCCGUCUCUUUUUUAUUAUUAUUGUUAUUUUUGACCGCAAGUGAAUUAAUUGAGAUUUCAGAAAUGGAUGGUUGGCCGUGUUCCUCCACCAGGGGGCAGUAUUCUACUGUGAGUUAGUUUUCUUCUUUUUUUUCAAGUUAUGAUUUCUUAGAUCUUUACCAAUGUGCUCGGCACAUUUUCAGGGUGAAUGUUUCCAAACCGUCUCCGUGUAUCGACUGAUUAACCGGCGCUGUCGUCCGUCCCGAAAUCAAUCAAUCAAUCAAUAACGGUGCGGCAAACUGUUUGGAGUGGCCCGAUGUUUCGGGGACUUUGUCGUCAACAAAUCUGAUGUUGAGGCAGAAUGUGAUUUUAAAGGUGAAGAAGAAGAGAAGCCAUGCCUUGGUGUGAAGAUGUUCCUCAAAGUUCCAGUUGCUUUGACAUCAGAUUGCAAUAUAGUUUUAUCAUAUGUACAUACAGUAUGUGUGUGUGUAUAUAUAUAUAUAUAUACACACACACACACAUGUAUAUAGUGUAUUUGAAUCACUUCAGCCGUGUGUAUUAUUCUCCUGACAAUCGAUUUUAAUUAAAUGGUGACGACUCUUUAUUUCA